AUGACUUCUAAUUCAAAGCCAAUUAAUUAUCAUCGUGGAGAAGUCUGUGAACAGACAUCAUCUGAUCUUGUUCCUCAUUUUGACUCUACUAAGGUGUCAUCGUUUAAUUCGAACAACGGUUCUGAUCCUCAAUUGGUUCAUAUUAGUAUUACGGAUGAUGAUUUAUUGAAAAAAAAUGAUAAAACUCUUACUAAUCCAUCAUUAACUGCUAAUACUUCUUUGGUAAAUUCUUCAUCUUCAGCUGUUCGUCGUCCUCUGUCCGUAGAUAUCGAGGAUGAUGAUUUUCAAACUGUUUCGCAUAAAAGGAGUUCCGAUCAUGGUCGAAAUCAUGCUACUGUUCAAAAGGGAGCUGGUAUUGGUUCAUCACCUUCUGGUGCUAAUGCUUUAACAACAUCUUCAUUGGAUCCUGUCUUUCCUCAUCUUAUACAAAACGGUCCUACUGUUCGUACAGUCAAUAAUACUUCUUUACUAACGAAACAAAUCGCAAUUAUCAUUGAAUCAACUCGUUAUGCUCUUACACGGUAUCCAUUUUCCCCCGUUUUGUUUUACAUUUUAAAACGGGAAAGAUUACGAUUAAUCAAGUGA